AAACCUCCAGUCCCUGUGGUGAAAGCCAAAGCCUCGUCUCUCAUGAACUCCCUCAUUAUCAAGCAGACCCAGGAGAGCAUGCAUAAGUUCGAGAAGCAAGCAGGACUGACUGAUACAGUCUACACUCCACACAAAGGCCUGAAUGCAGAGGAGACCCGCUACCAUCGUCUGGCAGAGUCAAUGCAUAAGCUUCAAAUGCAAAGCGUAGAAGCCAUAGAAGAGAAACAGCCAUCAUCUGGUCAUUCGACACCUGCUGGGACCCCUCAGUCCUCACCAAAGCAAAGACGCAGGGAAUGGUUCAGCAGUCAGGGCUCCACUGCUUCUCUGACAGGCUCUGAGAUGAGCACCAGUUCCAGCUCCAGUAUAGAUCUGGCUUCAGGUUAUGGACCUGUAGAGCGCUGGGGUGCUUUUGGACCACGUCCUCAAGUUAGCAAGUCCACAACUGACCCAGGUACAGAUCCAGCCAUAACAGGUAAACCAAACGGUGCACUUUACAUGUAGACAGUCCUUUCUUCAUAUUCUCUUUAAAUUUGAAAAUGAACCUAAUGACCCCCAGGUGUGUUAAAUAAACCUUUCCAACAGUUAAUGUAACACUCAAUUGAAUGUAACACUCAUAUCAUAUCAUUGUCCUUCUCUGUGCGAUACAAGAAUCAAUACGCUGGUGCCAAAUAUCGAUAUUUUAAUUAAUAAAAGAAGGCACUCUAAAUAGAUUUCCCUGCUGGCAGCGUCGCUACUUCAUGGCUGGAAAUGUCAACAUAAGUUAACUAGCCUAAGAUAAAGAGGGCACACUAAAAAGGAUGUCAAACAACGCCUGAUUUCUGGACUAAGUUAUCUUUCGCGUCUGAUCGUGCUAAUAUUGUCAAAACACACAAGGUUUAC